AUGGCUUCAUUCUUCAAGCCAAGCUUCCUGCGAAGAAUCUCGUUUGGUCUCGAUGACAAACCGCCGAAUCCAUGGCGGUUCCCUGCACAGUCGUACUACGACCUCACUCCACCCAGCGAAUUCUCGGAGCUUGACGUGGAAGUGAAGACACAGGAGAGCAAGACACUGCAUGCUCCGGCAGCGUCUCAUGUUACCGUCGAUGAGGAGCCGCUGGUGGCCGUCAUCGGCGUCGGCUACGUCGGCGAGCAACUCGUCGCGCUCUUUUCCAAGUGCUUCCGCGUCCUGGGAUACGACGUCUCUGCCGCCCGGACGAAGGAGCUGCAGAUUUCCUUUAGAGGCAACGACAACGCGAGGUUCACCAACUGGGCCGGGGAUAUUGCCGCGGCCACUCACUUUCUCAUCUCGGUGCCGACGCUGCUGCUCCCCGACAAGACCGUCGACACGUCCUUUCUGCGCGCCGCCCUCGCGGCAGUGCGGAGCCACGCACGUCGAGGCGCCGUCGUCGUCAUCGAAAGUUCCGUCGCCGUCGGUAUGACGCGUGAGUUUCUGGGACCCCUGGCCGAGAAAGGGGGCCUCUUCGCCGGAAUGUCUCCGGAGCGUGUGGAUCCGGGACGGGCCGAGCCCCCUGCCAAAUCGAUUCCCAAGAUCAUCUCGGGGCUCGACGACGUCAUCCCCCGGUCGCUCGACGCCAUCCGCGCCCUCUACGAGCGCGUAUUCGACUGCGUCGUCGCCGUGUCCAGCACCGAGGUGGCCGAGAUGACGAAGUUGUACGAAAACUGCCAGCGCAUGGUCUGCAUCGCCUACGCCAACGAGAUGGCCGACGCUUGCCGCUCGCUUGGCAUCGACCCCUUUGAGGUUUGCGAUGCGGCCUCGACGAAGCCGUUUGGGUACUUGCCCUUCCGGCCGGGGCUCGGCGUUGGCGGCCACUGCAUCCCCGUCAACCCGCAUUACUUGCUUCUCAACGGCGAGUUUCCCUUGCUCCGGGACGCGACCGAGAGGAUGCGGCAGCGGCCGUCGGUCAUCGCACAGCGGGCCGUGAAGAAGCUGUACACGGCCUCGACGCAGCUCGUCCUCCUGCCCACGGUCCUCGUCGUCGGCAUCGGCUUCAAGCCGGGACAAGCCCAUCUUGCCAAUUCACCAGGGCUCGCCUUGGCAAAGAGCCUUGCACUCACGGGCCUCGUGGAUGUGGCGUGGAUCGACCCCCUCGUGGCCCAAGAAGCCGUCCCUCAGAUUCCGCGCCUCGACAUGCACCGGUGGACAGCCACAGCCCUCGAGAGCUUUGACAUGAUUAUUGUUGCUUUCCGCCAACGCGGUCUGGAUUUCGGCGUGCUUGAAAAGCUGCAAGGCGUUGACGUCGAGAUGUGGUGCCCAUAG